AUGGGGGGGCUGGGAAAGACAACUCUUGCUAGAGUGAUUUAUGAGAAGUUCUCCAACGAUUUUGAAGGUUCUAGCUUUAUCGCUAAUGUUAGGGAAGUUUCAGAAAAACAGAGUUUGCUUCCAUUACAAAAACAACUUCUUGCACAAACUUUGGGGGAAAGAAAUAUAGAUAUAUGGGAUGUUUAUGAUGGAGUUGACAUGAUCAAGAAGAGGCUACAUUGGAAAAGGGUUCUAGUUGUUCUAGAUGAUGUUAAUCAAUUGGACCAAUUAGAAAAAUUGGUUGGAGAAUAUGGCUGGUUUGGAGAAGGGAGUUGGAUCAUAAUAACAACCAGAGAUGAUCAUUUGUUGCUUCAACAUGAAGUUCAUAAAAUAUAUAAGCCUAAUACAUUAAAUGUCCAUGAUGCUCUAAAGCUUUUUUGUUUGAAAGCCUUCAAAAAUGAGCAACCAGGAGAAGGUUAUGUACAACUCUCUGAAAAAGUGAUAUCUUAUGCUAAAGGACUUAUGUUGGCUCUUGCAACAGAAGCAAUUCAAGCCAUAGGUUUGGCCUCUUUUGAUGUGGAUCCGGAAGAGGCUCAAAGCUUUGAAGAAUAUUCUGAAGCCUUUUCAAAGAUGUUUAAUCUUAGAUUGCUUAUGAUUGAUGAUUUGCAUAUCCCAAAUGGUCUCAAUCAUGUUUCUAAUUCCCUAAGACAUCUUAUAUGGAAUGGUUAUUUCUCGAAAUGUUUGCCGUCCAGUUUCCAACCGAAAGAGCUUGUUAAACUUGAAUUGCAUUCUAGCAACAUUGAAUAUCUUUGGAAGGGAGUUAAGGUGUAG